AGAGCCUCUCCACAGCGAUAUUCACAACGUUACAUGGGUGUAACCCGUGCUGACGCCUUGGCUUGCCGUGAAUGGAAGUGAGUUCUGUGGCUUGGAAUCCUAAAUUGCUCUCUCGCAGAUAUAAGCAUGAGCAGAUGUCGUUCCACUCGGUUAAUGCAAUCGUUGUUCUAAUCGCGCAGACCACACGAUCAGCAAAAUGGAAGAAAUGGAGCACUUCGAAGUAGUCGUCGUCGGCGCGGGCAUGUCGGCUCUAGUAGCCGCCAAGGGUUAUCUCGAAUGUGCUCCUCAGACCAAUCUCGUGAUUCUGGAUGACAAGAAGACGGUUGGAGGAGUCUGGUCGAAAGACAACAUCUAUCCCGGCCUCCAAACGAACAACUAUCGUGGCACCCUGGAGUAUCCUGACUAUCCGUUCGGAGACGAUCGCGGAGUGCCUCAUUUCUCAAGCCUGCCCGGCGAAGCAGUGCAGCAAUACUUCUCCGACUUCGCGACAGAGCAUGAUCUGCUUCGGCGAACUCGUCACGAGACAAAAGUGCUCGAGGCCGAGAAGAUCGACGAGGGAUUGAACAGUGGUUGGAAAUUGCUGAUCGAGACGCCGGGGGCCCGGUCGACAAUUACCACGGACAAACUCAUAGUUGGCACAGGUCUACACAACACACCACUGCCGGUUCAGGUCCAAGGCAAAGAGUCUUUCAACGCGCCCGUUCUGCAUUCCGGACAACUUGGAAAAGAGGGCGUUGCAGUCGCAGCGGACGAGAAAGUCAAGCGCGUGACUGUCUACGGAGGCUCCAAGUAUGCAUUCGACAGCGUGUACAAGUUUGCCGCUGCUGGGAAGGAUAUCGAUUGGCUGAUCAGCAGCUCUGGUCAUGGUCCGACAUACAUGGUUAACAAUAUUUGCAAGAUGCCACUACUGGGACGAGUCUGGGCAGAACUGCUGGUCACCACUCGAUUUAUUUCUUGGUUCAGCCCGUGCAGUUUCGGAGGGCUCGAUGGUAGCAGCUGGUGGCGAUGGCUCUUACACAGUACCAAGCUGGGACAGAAAAUUGUAACAGCAUUCUGGGCGCAAGUCGGCCAUGAUAACCUUGAGCCGUCGGGCUACUUCAAUGAUCCUAAACUCGAGCCUCUGCUCCCCGAUUGUGGCUGGUUUGACAUCGCAACAAGCCUGGGUACACUCAACUAUCCCAGCGAUCUUCUCGACUUUAUCCGCUCUGGCCAAGUAAAACUUCAUCGCAAAGAUAUCUCCCACCUCUCAGAUCACACCGUGCAUCUCAAUGACGGCACCUCUCUCCAUUCAGACGCUUACAUCUCCAGCUCCGGCUGGCAAUGGCGCCCAACCAUAACCUUCAAACCCGCCACCCUUCACGCCUCUCUCGGCAUCGCAAGCGAUGACUACACCUCCGACCAAGAACUCUUCUGGUCCAACCUCGACUCCCGCGCCGACCGCGAACUCUUCUCCCGCUUCCCUAUCCUCCAAACAAGACCCUACCCACCCUCCUAUUCUUCUUCCUCCACAACAAAACCAACCCAACCUCAACGUCUCCACCGCCUCAUCGCCCCACCCAUCCUCUCCGCCGCAGGCGACCGCACCCUAGCCUUCGCCGGCGCCGGAGCCAACAUCUCCCACAUCCUCAAAUCCACCAUAACUUCCAUCUGGAUCUACGCCUACUUCAACGACAAACUCUCCAUCGACCCUCAUCGAGACAUGACAGAAGAACAAGUUUGCUACGAAGCAGCUCUGACGCAACGCUGGAGCAUGCGGCGUUACACUUACGGUUUCGGUAAAAGGUUCGUAGAUUUUGUAUGGGAUGCUGUGCCCUGGAAUGAUGUUCUAUUGAAGGAUUUGGGGUUGGAGGGAAGGAGGAAGAAGGGGAGUUGGUUUGGGGUGAGGUGGUGGAGGGAGAUGUUUGAGCCGUAUACUGUGGCGGAUUAUCGAGGCUUGGGGAGGGAGUGGUUGGAGAAGCAGAAGGGAAAAGUCGGAUGA